AUGGAGGCUACGGCCAAGUUUGACUUUGAAGCUAAAGCGGAGGAUGACCUGAGUUUCAAAAGAGGAGACUGCUUGAAAAUUCUGCAAACUUCUGGGAACUGGUACAGAGCAGAGCACAACGGAGCUAUGGGCUUUGUCCCAAAAAACUAUAUCGACAUUCACAUCCCCAGCUGGUAUCAGGAAAACACCAGUCGCACUGACGCCCAGGAGAUACUGAUGUCACAGCCCGUGGGGGCCUUUCUCAUACGAAGCAGCCGAAAACCAGCUCCAGGCGACUUCUCCAUCUCUGUCAGACAUCCAGCAGAUGUUCAGCACUUCAGGGUGAUGCGUGACAGCAGAGGGCAGUACUACCUGUGGUCAGAAAAGUUUCCCUCACUCAAUCAGCUGGUGGAAUACUAUAAAAAAAAAUCCAUCUCCAAACAGAGUCUACUAUUGCUGAAAGAGACACAAAAAGAGGAAAGAGGAGACUCAAAUAAGCUUCUACCUCCUCUUCCUAUUUUUUCACCUUCUGAUCGCGCGCCUUCUCCAGCACCACGACAGCGCAAAACCUCCCACACAACGCAGGUCAGAGCCCUUUACGAUUUCAAGGCAGAAGAGGCGGACGAGCUGGAGUUCAGUGCAGGGGAUAUCAUUGAGGUUUUGGAGGUCUCUGACCAGACCUGGUGGAAAGGUCAGCUAAGGGGCAAAAAAGGCCUUUUCCCCUCCAACUACACCAAACCCAUCUGAGAGGACCGCCCACAGACAAACAUCUGUAAAACUACUGCAACUUUUUAGUCAAACGUCUAAUGCUGGUUUUGUUUGUGUUUUUGAGAUUAAAUUUCA